AUGGUCGCCUCAGUCGUCGUCUGCUGCCCCACGAGCUUUGAAGGGGGCGUGCUCUCACUCGUAGACAACCGUGGCAUUCAAAUCGACUUCGACUGGAGCCAGUCCGCCCUUGCGCCUGAAAACAACCCCGACAGAGGCAGCGCCGACGCAGGCGGCACCGACCAGGUCAUGAACUGGGCCUGCUUCUUCUGUGACGUGGACCACGAAGUCUCGCCGGUCACAAAGGGCACCAGGUUGACACUGACGUACGACGUGUGCAUCGACUCCACUGGCAGCGAACGUGGCGACAGCGGAAGCGGCGGUGUUGUCAAGGCGGAGGUCAAGCAGGACUCCAAGGGCGAGACAAGGUCGAGCGAGAGUCUUGGGUUUGUCUCUGGGUCUAGGCUCAAGCGGAGGCGUGGUGUGGAGGAGCAGGAGUCUGAGGUUGAGCAGGGCAAAGGGAACGAGGUAGCGUCACAGAUAGCGAGCAAGGUGGAGUCUCGCAGUGAGGAGCAGUUGUUAACCCUGUUGGACAAGCUGAACGGCGCGCACCGCUACGGUUACUAUCCGGCGCAUGAUUACGCCUUCGGGGCCACAGACACUUGGACGGGUGAAAAGGACUGGGAGUCGCAGCUGAAGGGUGUGGACCUGCAGGUGUACAGAGCGUUGACGAAGCGUGAGUGGGUCGCCAAACUGUUAGUGCUAUACGCCGACUUGGAUUUAUACGGACCCGCGGUCCACUUCAACGUCGGCCAUAGCCCUGACGACUCGGUGAGCAUGAAGUAUGCUAUUGACUCCGAAGAGUUGGAGACGUUGCGAAGCAUUACCGAACUCCGAAUGAUCAAUAUCCCGCAACGAGAUCCCUCUGCCAUCUACCGCUACUCAUUCUGGUACGGGUACACCGGUAACGACCCCAUCGAGGAACAAGACUCGUACUACGCUCGAACCGUCCUCGUUUUCAGCAAGUCACCAAUCACAAACGACAAAAAUCACACAGCGUUGUAA